AGGAGGAGGAGGAGAAAGAGCAGGGACAGGGACGGGGCGGGGACCGUGGUGCCAGGCCCGGGCCCGCCGCCUGCCGCAGCUCCUUGCCGGGCCCGAGGGGCGGCUGCCAUGGGCAAGCGGGUGGCGCUGGUGCUCGCCGGCUGCGGCGUCUUCGAUGGCAGCGAGAUUCACGAGGCCUCGGCGGCGCUGGUGCACCUGAGCCGCGGCGGCGCGGAGGUGAAGAUAUUUGCCCCCAAUAUUGAGCAAAGGGAUGUAGUCAAUCACCUAAAAGGAAGUCCAGCAGAAGAGAAGAGAAACGUGUUAGUUGAAAGUGCCAGGUUGGCAAGGGGAAACAUUCAGGAUUUGGCUGAACUGAAAGCUAGUGAAUUUGAUGCUGUCAUUUUCCCUGGUGGUUUUGGUGUAGCAAAGAAUCUGUGUUCCUGGGCUGUAGAUGGCAAGAACUGUACUGUCAAUGAGCACGUGAGCUCCACACUCCAGGCCUUCCACAGAGCUAAAAAGCCCAUUGGUUUGUGCUGCAUAUCACCAGUUCUGGCAGCCAAAGUCUUUCCUGGCUGUGAGGUUACGGUUGGUCAGGAUAAAAACGUAGAUGGAAGAUUUCCUGAUGCUGAAACGGCAUCUGCUAUAGCAGAGCUUGGAUGUAAGCACAUUUGCAAAAAUGUAAAUGAAUCCCAUGUGGAUAAAGCCAAUAAAAUAGUUACUACCUGUGCUUUCAUGUGCAAAGCUCCUCUGCAUGAAAUCUUUGACGGAAUUGGAACAAUGGUACAAGAAGUCCUGAAGCUUGCCUGACUAGGAGUGUACAGACUUCUCCAAGGAAAUCAGUGUAGCUAAGCAUAAGCAUUUAGCUUCCUUAGACUGAAUUAAUAAAAUAAUGCAACUGCUAAACUUCA